AUGUGCGGCGGCGCCAUCAUCUACGACUACAUCCCGGCGCACCGCCGCCGGGUGUCCACCGCCGACUUCUGGCCCGACGCCGACCAUUCCGACGCCUACAGCGCCGCCCCCGACAAAGGUAAACUACGUGCGCCCUCACCUCACAAAUAUUCCCUUUGGCAACGGCGUCCGUGUGCAGGAGUAAAACUCGUUGUUCUGGUUGCAGCGCCGCGCGCGAAGCGAGGGCGGACGAACCAGUACCGCGGCAUCCGGCAGCGGCCGUGGGGGAAGUGGGCGGCGGAGAUCCGCGACCCCGUCAAGGGCGUCCGCGUCUGGCUCGGCACCUACCCCACCGCCGAGGCCGCCGCGCGCGCCUACGACCGCGCCGCGCGCCGCAUCAGGGGCGCCAAGGCCAAGGUCAACUUCCCCAACGAAAUCCUCGUCAGCGCGCCCGCGCACGAGGCCUCGUGCACGAUGGCGGCUGCUCCGCCGGCGGCCGUGCUCCCAUCCCCCAAGAAGGAGGAGGAGGGGGAGGGGUUGGAGCCCGCGGCGUGCUCCUGCGAGGAGGUGAAGGCGCUCUCCGAGGAGCUGAUGGCGUACGAGAACUACAUGAGCUUCCUCGGGGUCCCCUACAUGGAGGGCGGGGCCGCGGCCGCCCCUGCCGCCGAGGAGGCGCCGGCCGAGCUAUGGAGCUUCGAGGACAGCUACUACCCGGGGCCUCUUGGGCUCUGA